UUUACUAGGCACAUGAGUACUACUUUCAAAUUUGUGCGUACUUUGCGCAACUCGCACCGCAUUUUCUUGGCAUCAGGAGCAGUGUAUGCCGCACUCAACCUUCGUCUGCUGAAUGAUUUGACCGGGCUUUCCCAACAUUAUUCAGAAUCAUCACGGAGGCCAGUUCCAGGGAUUGCGAGGUUCGACUAUCAUGUUGUCGCCAGAGAUGAGCUAGGCAGCAACCAUAUACAAUCCAUAUCUACCGGCCUUCCUGAUCGUUUCUGGUCCUUCUUUGCUCUGUACGACAGCUACAAUGGCGUAGACACCAGUGCGUACCUCGCAGGAAACCUUCUAAACGCGAUUAUCGGGGGGCUAGCCGACCUAUUCAGCCGGGCGAAAGCGACCAAGUUCAGCAGAGUUUCUGAACGCUCCGAAGUUGGUCCUGACCCGGCUCCGGAUGAGAUUGAUGAAGAAAUCAAGGAAACAUUUAAUCGGCUCGACGACGACAUCGUCAACUUCAGUGCCAUGCUUGCUUCCAACAACAGGUCUUCUUCGCGGCAUCUGCCCCACAUUUUGGACGCAGCAUACUCUGGGUCUUCCGCUACUCUUGCUUUCUAUGACACGGAGACUCGCGCGUUGCGUGUUGCGCUGACGGGCCAUUCACGGGCCAUUUUGGGUCGAAGAGGACGUACGGGAGAGUCUUAUAGUCUGCAGGUGCUCUCGGUUGACCAGGACGCCACCAAUGCUGAGGAGUUGGCGCGAGUGAAGCGGGAGCACCCUGGCGAAGAAGUGAUAAAGAACGAUACUCUCUUUGGCGUGGCCCCACUCCGGCUAUUUGGAGUGGGGCCGUACAAAUGGUCCAGGGCGGUGCGCGAGAGGCUCUCCUGGUCUGAUGUGAAAGAGAAGAAGACAUACGACGAUGUGAAAACGCCGCCAUAUUUUACCGCCGAGCCGGUUAUAACGACAACGCUUGUGCAACCUGGAGAUUUCCUUGUCAUAGCGUCGCCGGGACUCUGGAAAUCCUUAUCAAACAAGGAAGUGAUAAAGGAAGUUGGAUCGACCCUGCAGUCUAAGAAAAAGAAGCCGUCCGAGCGAGCUGUUGUCAGUGAAACCGAAGAGCCACAAGGCUCGGCGUUGUUGGUAUAUGAUCAAAUCGUGUUUUCGGUGUGGAGACAUUUCGAGGACCUAAAUUUGGCGAGUCGCCUGGUGGACAAGGCUUUUGGUGGUGAGAACGAGGCUGGAUCAGUGUCGUCGCUGUCGUCUGCCAUAGAUGAUAGUAAAAGCGAAUCAUUGUCUAUUGGCGUCGUCGUAUUUGAAUGAUGUUCUAUCAUGAUAUAUCCGGAAUGCUCGUAAGGUGUAGAAUAGCUAAAAAGCAUGGUCGUUGCUGGUCGAAGGUGUCAACGGCCUUGUAUUAUCAUUUACCUGCAUUUACCCAUGUACCCAUAUGCAUAUGCCCAUUAGCACAUAAGACUACUACGAAGAGAGAAC